UAGCUAACUCAUUGAAAUAGUGCCUCGUUUUUUCUUCUUCUAUGCUCCUAACAACAAUAAAAAGUCUUGUUUCACAGGUGGGAGUUGUUGUGUUUUUUUAGUCAUGACAAAAAGCAAGAUUUGACUAAUCACUCACUCCCAACAUUUGUCAACCCCAAAAUUAAGAAAUACAAAAAUCCAGUGUUUAAAGAUAUGCUCUUUUGUCUCAAAAAUAUUCAUCUCAAUUUCCAACAAAAAUAACUAAAUCUUGUGCUUCCCAUGCAAUCAAGGUGCGCCAAUCAUGUCUCCAACAUGCUGUACGUCCUCAGCCGGCGGCUCCGCCGCCUCUGCUCCACGAUCCGGUGGCUCGUGUGGCGGCGCCGCCCCCGCCCCCGUCUCAUCAUCCGCCGCCUCGGCCGGCUCAACUCCGUAGGCCACCGCAGAAAGAAGCUCGAUCCGAGCGGUCCGAACGGCGGCGGUGGCGGGCGGCGGCCUAUCCGCCUCGCGACGUUCAACGCCGCCUUGUUCUCUCUCGCCCCGGCCGUUCCCACGGCCGAGAGAUCGGUCGUUCUGGUCCAGGAAGAGGGGGAUUCGUUGAAGAUCCCAAAAGGGAUACUCAAACAAUCCCCACUCCAUCCCAUGACCAACACAAACACGAACACGAACACGAACACGAACACAAACGUGUCAGAAAAUGCCCACGAGGGCAAAUUCGUAAAACCGAGGCCAAAAGUCUCAAUAAAUCUCCCCGAGAACGAGAUCUCGAUGGCCCACGACAGAGUACUGACCAACUCUGUCGUGGGCGAUCCCCUCGAGAGCUCGUUCCGUUUCAACAACAACACCGCUUUAUCGGCCAUGAGGUCGCCCAUAUGCUUCCCCACCUGGUGGAGCGGGGCGACCUUAUGCGGGACCCGGACCGUCUACGACGUGCUCAAGGAAGUCGACGCCGACAUCCUGUCCCUGCAAGACGUGAAGGCCGACGAGGCCGACGACAUGAAGCCGCUGUCGGAGCUGGCGAGCGCGUUGGGGAUGAGCUACGUCUUCGCGGAGAGCUGGGCGCCGGAGUUCGGCAACGCGGUGCUCUCCCGGUGGCCGAUCAAGAAGUGGAGGGCGGAGAGAAUAUGCGACGAGAAAGACUUCAGGAAUGUGAUAAAGGCGACGAUAGAGGUGCCAUGGAUGGGAGAGGUGAAUGUGUACAGCACACAGCUGGAUCAUCUCGACGAGACGUGGAGGAUGAAGCAGAUCAACGCCAUCAUACAUUCCACCAAUCAUCCUCAUUUUCUUGCAGGAGGCCUCAACUCUCUUGAUGCAUCAGAUUACUCCUUGGACAGGUGGAACCACAUUCUUAAGUACUACGAGGAGUUGGGGAAGCCUACUCCAAAGGUUGAAGUGAGCAACUUCUUGAAGGGAAGAGGCUACACAGAUGCCAAACAUUUUGCAGGGGAAUGUGAGCCACUAGUCAUGAUAGCCAAAGGCCAAAAUGUGCAGGGGACUUGCAAGUAUGGCACUCGUGUGGACUACAUCUUGGGAUCGGAAGGCCUGCGCUACGCGUUCGUGCCUGGAUCCUACUCGGUCGUCUCGUCUAAAGGCACCUCGGAUCAUCACAUAGUGAAGGUUGAUAUCAUCAAAGUUGAGGGGAAGAGCACAAGUUGGAAGAAGUUGAGGAAGAGGUUUGUGAGAAUGUCUACUUCUUGCUCUUCAAAAAGUGGUAGUUGGGAUAUGUAAUGAGUUUCUUGACAUUGUUGUAGUGAAUAGUGAUCUACAUUUUGAUCCUAGUGUAUUAAUGGAUUUGAAUUCUCAUGUAUUAGUAUAUGUAUAGAUAAGAGUUUCUUGACAAAAGGCUCUGUAUUUGUAGUUUCUUGAAAAGGAAUGUAAUGAAAAUUAUAUGAUAGUUUACAUAAACAAAGAAAA